UCAUAACGUUACUUCAUGAUCUGUUUAUGAUCGCAAGCACUGAUGGGAUUGAAAAUCAAGAAUCCGGACACACUCUAGCCAGGUGACCCGAGUCGGCAAGGAUGCCUCACUGGAUCUGCUGUAAUUCUUGCUUCCAAGCCCCUGGUCCUGACCGCAAAGUAGCUGUCACAACAUGUGGCCACAUCAUAUGCAGCGUGUGCUUUCAAAAAGUUUGGGAACUGUACUAUUUUUGUUUCUAGGCAAGCAAGGGGAAUGCUUGAUAUGCAAAGCAAAAUGUCAAGUUAGUCCUCUUUCUGACAAAAGCAGUGCAGAGGUAAAGGCCCUCUUCUCUGACAUCAAUUCUGUGGCAACCAAACAUUUUACAGAAAUUAGCAAGGUGCUAUUAUUCCAGGCAAGGCAUCAAAGGAGACUAAUGGCACAUUACCAACAGAGGAAUGAAAAGCUGGAAGAAGUCCUUCUAACAAUAAAGCAAGAAAUGCAACAGAUGUCAAAAAGGCUCGCAGAGCAGAGCGCCUACAUAGCUAAGCUGGAGAAUACUCUUCAACACCAAAGUGUACCCCUUUCCACCCAGCCAAAGAACCAGAGAUCUCACAACCCAUGUGGUUCAAAAUCAGUUCUACAGAUCCCAUAUUCCUCUCCCAUCUCCCUGUCUCGACAGUCUUCCACUUCUAGCCUGGUGGAAAACAUGGAGGUUGAUCCAAGGAGUCUGUUAUUCAGGAAACCUGAGAUAUGUGGGAGUGUUCCGAGGCUGUCGUUGAUCAGCCCACCACAGGACGGACACAUAGGUACCGUCUGUUAUCGAUCAGCCAGUCAGAAAACCAUGGUCAACCGCUCAGCUUGCUCGGCCACUGUCAGUCGCCUGCAAGAACUCCAGAUGACCCCUGAACUGUCUUACCGUGCUUCAGGGUGGGACACACCCGUUUUCAAGCCUCCAUCUGCUUUCCGCUACUCCUCCCUGUCCUCUCUGGUCACGCCCUCACUGGGCAAACCAUAAACACACUCUAUAAUGUGUUAUCAGCUUCACAGGCGGUCUUAGACCCCCUGCGAUUGGUAUUCUAAAGACGUGCUGAGCAAUUAAAUUGAUUCCUUUUAGUUUGUAACUAAUAAAGACAGGGACCCUGCCCUCAGCUAAAACAGGGAGUGAAUUGA